CGUUUAGUAGUGUUUUUUCAUCCUAUUCCUAGUUGCGCAAGCGCAUGAAUACGAGAGACGACCUACUUACCGCCGCACGCAAUCGGACCUGAAUCCAAACGACAAACACGCCCAAGUAGUGGACAUCAUACCCUAGAGAGUUCCUGAGCCACCUCCGAAAGCACUUCUUUUGAAAGAAAAAAGGAAAAGGAAAACCCAUUUCACGAGGGAAGAAUUCCAUGAAUUCCAAAGUAUACAACUUGCGAUCUUAGAAAGGGUGAGAUAUGACUUAGACAGAGAAGCUCUUCGCUAGAUUUGAUUUAGAAAUUAGUAAAAUAAAGAUGCAGAAUAACAUGUCAAAUUUCAACUACGGGGACUUCCUCGCGUCCUGCGAAGAGGAGUUACUGAACGCCGACAGUAUCGACGUGUCUCUCGACCGCGUGAGUCAAGUCACAGUGGGUACCAGCAAAGCGUCCUCCUCUGUCAGCCGGGUUCGGCUGCACGUCAGCAGCAGGCGGAACAGCGUCGUGUCCACAACCGUCAGCGAGUCGUUGGACGUGCGGUACAGGACGGCGUUGUUGGAAGAUGAUGAGUGCGGCUCCGAAAGUGAAGACGAGGAGGAGAUCGGACAAAGAUCCUCCCGGUACGUCACCGUCGCUGCCGCGGGAACAACGGUAUAGGAUUUUGCAUUUAAGUACGUACUUUAUGAAUGUCAUUUUUAGCAGGCGGUUCGUGUCGCUUUCGGGCAGUGACUGAAAGAAAUAAUUGGAAGAAAACAUCAUGUUCGUGUUUGAGAUGAAAACAGUAAAACCAGAAGACCAAUAAAAAUGAUCCCUAUACCAUAGGUAUGCGCCCGCUCUUCUGCCGCAGAGAACAACGACGACGGCGGCACAACAAGCGCCAUCGCAUCACGCGACGCCAAUGCGAGCAUGCGAUUAGAAAACCUUACCUUAACCCCCUCCUUGCUCCCGGUGUUCGCGGCCUACAUCGGCACCGCGGUGAAAUCGCUCGCCAGUUCGCUGCCGGCGCCCGCGUUGACCGCCAUCAACCAGUUGCCGAUGAAGGUCUCCGGCUUUUCGCCCACGGAUUUCGACGCCACGGUGGUCGGGCACGAGUUGCAGACGCACGUCGGGCUACUCUCCCUCGCCUCCUCCGUCGGGUUUAUCGGUUCCCUGCGCGGCUUGAACAACAUGAAAACCGCGAAGCAGGGCAACUACAUGGGCAUGGCGGCUACCGCGAUGGGGAUCCUCUCCGUCCUCGCCAGUCCCGGAUUCGGCGCGCACUACGGCCGCUUCCUCGCCUGCUUCCUCGCGGCGGGCGGCGUGGGCUACACCGUCGCGGAGUCCGUCGCCAUGGAGGAGAUGCCGCAGCUAGUCGCGGGCUUCCACUCCUUCGUCGGCCUCGCGGCCGCGCUCGUCGGCUUCGCAAACCACUUCGACGGCGGCGCGAUCACCGGCUUGCAACUGCUGGAAGAGUACCUGGGCGUGGGCAUCGGGGCCCUGACCUUCACCGGGUCGGUUGUCGCGGCGGGCAAGCUAUCAAAUGUAAAAAUGUCUGGGUCUGGAAGAAUGCGAGAUUUGUCAUGCACGUUUUGCAUGAGCCAUGAUGUCUGUGAUGGAUAUACCCUAGCAAUAGAGAUUUUUUGAAGGCUUCUUGAUGCCUAUUCCGCAUGACAAAUGCCUUCUCAGCGUAGCAAAAAUUGCAUUCCCUUUGGUACUCAUGCAAUACAGAUUUUUUUGGAAUCUCAAUGUAGCAUCACAAGUUGCAUUCUUCCAGACCCAGACAUUUUUACAUUUGAUACAAGUUGCACGGAUCAAUCAGCGGCGCACCGGUGAUUUUGGACCAGAGGUGGACGUUGAACGGGAUGGCAUUCGCCGCGUCCGCGCUGAUGGGCCUGCUGUACAUCCAGGGCGGCGGCCACACGACGUACCUGGUGUUGAACGCGCUGGCCUGGGCGGGCUUGGGGGUCAACAUGGUGAUGCCGGUCGGUGGGGCGGACAUGCCGGUGGUGGUCUCCCUGUUGAAUUCCUUUUCCGGUAUUGCCACGUCCGCCGCGGGCUUCAUGCUCCGAAACGACUUGCUCACCAUCACGGGUGCGCUCGUCGCUUCCUCCGGUGCGCUGUUGUCCAGCAUUAUGUGCAAGGGGAUCAAUCGGAGUCUCGCGAACGUCCUGCUCGGCGGCUUUGGCACGGACGGCAGCAGUGUGCCCUCGGGCGGCGCCAGCGGGUCCGGUGGUCCGCAGGGCCAGCACCGCGAAAUGUCGCACGACGCGUGCGCGCAGGCGCUGUGUGAGGCGAAGCGCAUCGUCAUCGUGCCGGGGUACGGACUCGCGGUCGCGCGCGCGCAGCAGAAAUUGCAAGAGUUGGUCUCUACCCUCCGUGCGAUGAAGAAGACGGUGCACUUCGCGAUCCACCCGGUGGCUGGCCGGUUGCCGGGACACAUGAAUGUGUUGCUCGCGGAGGCGAACGUGCCCUACGAAAUCGUGCGCGAGAUGGACGAAAUUAACGACGUGAUCACCAGUUACGAUGUGGCGAUCGUGAUCGGGGCGAAUGACAUUGUAUUUUUUUGCUACAAGAACGCGUUUUAGUGGUUUUGAUUCUUUGACAUUCUGGUCGAUCAUGUAUGAACAAUUUUAUUUGCAUCUCGACCACAGGUUAACCCAGCUACCGUUUCCGACACGAGUUCCCCUAUUUACGGCAUGCCGGCGAUCGAGAUUUGGAAAAUCCCGCGUUGCAUCGUGCUCAAGCGGUCGAUGGCCACGGGCUACUCCGGCGUGGAAAACCCGCUGUUCUAUCUGGACAACGUGCGCAUGCUGUUUGGCGAUGCCCGCGCCAGCACGGAGCAGCUGGUCACCAUGGUCAACGAGAAGAAGCAGAACCACCAGGGCAGCAAGACGCAGCCGGAGCCGGAGAGCGAGGAGGAAACGCUCGAGUUUUUGAACCGCGACGAGGAAAAGAACUUUCCGGAACCCAACAAGGUCCUGGGCAUUCUCAAGGAGAACGCCGCGGACGGCAAGGAAAAGCGCGUCAGCGUUACCCCGAACGUGAUCCCGAAGCUGCGGAAACUGGGCUUCAAGUUGGUCAUGGAGUCCGGUGCGGGCGAGCAGUCCAACUACCCGAAUUCCAGUUACGUGGAAAAAGGAGUGGAAGUCCUCCAAAGUCGCGACGAGGUGUUCAAGCAGGCCAAUGUGGUUCUGCAGGUACAGAUGUAUGAGAUCAUAUCUUCUUAUGUUUUGUGUUUUGAUUUAGCGAUUUUCAUUUUUGGUUGAACAAAUCUCCACCCGCCUUUUUAUCUUCAUGUAAGAACUAGGGUUGCGAUUCUUGUCUCGCGUUUUAUCAUCCCCAGGUUUCCGAGCCGCUCCCCGAGGACCUGCAGAAGUUGUCGAAGUCCCAAAUUUGCGUGUCUAUUUGGGGAAUGUACGGCAAGGAGUCCAUCAUCGAGCAGACCCGGGCGAACCCCACGCGCCCGACGCUGUUCAACAUGGCGUUGAUUCCGCGGAUUUCCCGGGCGCAGGCGCUCGACGUGCUCACGUCCAUGGCCAACAUCGCCGGCUAUCGUGCGGUGCUGGACGCGUUCCGGUUCUUCCCGAAGUUCGCGAAGCCCUCCACGACCGCGAGCGGGAACACCCCGCCGGCGAAGGUGUUCAUCGUGGGUGCCGGCGUCGCGGGGUUGUCCGCUAUCGCCACCGCGCACGGCUUGGGCGCCAAGGUGUUCGCUUCCGACGUCCGAUCCGCUGCGAAGGAGCAGGUGGAGUCCAUGGGCGCGGAGUUCGUCGAGGUGCAGGGCAUGAUCCAGGGCGAGGGUGCUGGCGGCUACGCGCGCGAUAUGGGGGAGGAGUUUAAGGAACGGCAGAAACAGCUGUACGCCAAGAUGUGCAAGGAGUGCGACAUUGUGGUCACGACCGCCUUGAUCCCCGGCCGCGCGGCGCCAGUGGUGGUGACAGAGGAAAUGGUGCUGUCGAUGAAACGGGGAAGUGUCAUCGUCGACCUGGCUGCGUUGAACGGUACUUACUAUUAUGUGACUGGACGAUGACGUUCCAUUUUUUCAUUAAUUCUCCUAACCGGAUAGAAGCAUCUGGCUCUCGUUUUCACAAAUAGUUGUGUGUGACAAGCUGUCAAGCAUGUGCUUCUGUUUCAGCAGAAAUCUCAAGAGCGUAAAAAUCUCUUGUAAUCUUUUCGUUCCCCAACCCCAGGUGGUAACUGCGAGCUGACCCAGAAGGACGAAGAGGUUGUUUCUGAGAAUGGUGUGACCAUCAUCGGCAAGACCAACUACCCUUCGGAGAUGGCGCCGCAGGCCAGCGACUUUCUGGCGCGCAACUUCUACGCUUUCUUGGAUGUGUUGUGCAACAGCGACCCGACCCACCAAUUGAAGAGGUUGAAUAUGGAGGACCAGGUCAUCCGUGACUCCGUCGUCGUCUACGAGGGCGCUUUGAUGUACCCGCCGCCGAAGCAGCCCGAGCCGGUCCAGCCGAAGGCGGCCGCGGCGGUGAUGAACAAUGCGAGCGAGUUGGCCAACGCGGAGAUGAACAAUGCGGCCGAGACCCUCCCGCCGGGCAUGCUGAUGACGGUGUUGGACUGGAUCGGCGAGCACAGUGAGGAGCUGGCCAUGUUCCUCGGCACUGGCUUCCUCCUCGCGGUCGGGUUGGGGACCAACAUCCCGCCGGAGGAAAUCACGCACCUGGGGUACUUCGUGCUCAGUCUGAUGAUCGGGAACUUCACCGUCGCCUCCGUUACCCCGGCGUUGCACACGCCCCUGAUCUCCGUCACGAACGCGAUUUCCGGCAUCAUCGUCAUCGGCGGGAUGCUGCAGCUCGGCGGCCCGCUGCUGUCCGCAAAGGUGGCUUCGGCGAUGCUGGCGAUCUUUUUCUCCUCCGUCAACAUCGUCGGCGGGUUCGCGGUUACCGCAAGGAUGCUCAACAUGUUCCGGUCCGAAACUUCGAAUCCACCAAGCCGACAGGCCAGUCGGCAGUGAGGAAAGACCCGACUUCUUGGGUCCAAACUUCAGCAGGCUUACGCAGCAACUUUUGAUUAUUGCGACUACUUACUCUUACACGACUUCUUCUUCAUCCAGCAAGCGACAAGUAAAUUUUCCUCGAAUCUUCGGAAGCUGCGAGAACAUCUCUCGACGAACGCUUUUGCACCCCUUGUGCCCCGCAGAUGAAGUUUUUUUACGUUCCUAGAACAGAAAGUAGUAAACCAGUAGAUUGAUUAUACCUUUUGUUCGCAUAAGAAUAUCCUUCAACGGCGACUUUUCGUUUUCCCACCUGAACCGAAAUACCAAGUAUGCAAGUAUGAAUUUUCUUGGAAUUAUCAAAUUUUAUAUGAUACUUUGAUAUCAUUGGAAUAUCAUCAAUUUUGACGACAAUUUGGGCGAACUUUACUUUGACGGUCCUGGUUUCUCAGACCGAGCGCGAAAAAUGCAGUACAGUAAAAGGUAGACUGUUUAUUUAGAUGAGCAGUAAAAUAGAUUCUCGACCACCUAGAACUUACCCUAUCCGUGUCCAGAGCAAAAUAUUUCCGGAACUUCCUACUUUGUUUGGAGCUAGCACAGUUUUUCAGCGGCGUGCUGGUUUCACCCUAUCUACGAGAACUCGAGAACUCUUUUCUCAUCUUUUUAGCGAACUUUCUUUUCCGCGCGCGACCCGAAAUAUCUUUUCGUCUCCUUUGAUCGAUGAAGACGGUACUCAGACUCGGACCCCUCCACUGAUCCGAACCGCGUGCGAAGACUUUUACCGGAGAAGCGAGUAACC